AUGUUGUUUUCAUCGUCACAACCGUAUGAUAUACCACAAUCAACUAUUGACUCGCAGUAUGAUACAACAACAGGUUAUUCAUCAUCGUCACAUAUGACAAAGCGAGGACGACCAACAGCUGAAUCGAAUUAUUAUGCUGGUCAUAAUAGUGAUUCAGCUACGAACCCAUCAUCUCGUCAAUAUCAAAGACGCCAACAAGAUAAUAAUUAUUUAAACGACUCGUUUUCAGAUAUUUCAAAUGCUCAAUAUUUUCGACCACGACAACAACAACAACAACAACAACAACAGCAACCAAUGUAUUCAACAAAUAGUCCAAAACGACCAAUAAUAAAUUUUCUUUUACCGUAA